GAGUGACGGGGGGGGGGGGGGGGGGGAGGUGAGAGAGGAAGAGACUCAGGACUUCAACGUCUUGGCCCGUCCCUCCGCGCAACGCCCUUCCCUCUGUAACCCUCUGCCAUUGGUAGCGGCCCACCUUCCGGGAGUCGUUGCCCAGCUGAGACGGCUGCGCCUGCGCACACGGCGCCGGAGGCGGCGGCCGGGGGCUGGAACAUGGCGCAGGCUCUUUCCGAGGAGGAGUUUCAACGGAUGCAGGCCCAAUUACUGGAGCUUCGGACUCAGAACUACCAGCUGUCAGAUGAGCUGCGGAAAAAUGGCGUUGAGCUCACUUCCCUCCGGCAGAGAGUUGUGUUCCUGGAUAAGGAGUUGGCCCGAGCCCAGAAGGCCCUGAGCAAGAGCAAGAAAGCCCAGGAAGUGGAAGGCCUGCUAAAUGAGAACCAGAUGCUUCAGGGGAAACUUCAUAGCCAGGAAGAUGACUUCCGGCUGCAGAACAGCACUCUUCUUCAAGAGCUCAGCAAGCUUUGUGCCCAGAUUGAGCAGUUGGAACAAGAGAAUCAACAACUUAAGGAAGGCUCCCUGGGCCCAGGGCCUCCAAACACAGCCAGCAGCCCAGUGGAUGGGGAGCUUCUGCGCCUGCAGGCAGAGAACACAGCCCUCCAGAGGAAUGUUACAGCCCUACAGGAACGCUAUGAGAAAGAGCAGACUAGUCCCCCACCUCAGCCAGAAACUGCUGGAGAGGAUGAGUCAAAGGGCUGUGGGGACCCUCCAGGGGGCCCAGUAGCCCCAUCCCUGUUGGCAGAGACUGAACUGAAGUGGGAGGUGGAAAAGGAGGAGAAGAGACUACUUCGAGAGCGUCUACAGGGGCUUGAGAGCUCGAAGCAGGCCGAGACAGCAAAGCUACAGGAGGAGGUAGCCAAGCUGUCGGAGAAGCUUAAGAAGAAACAGGAGAGCUUCUUACGCCUGCAGACAGAGAAGGAGGCUUUAUACAAUGACAGCAGGAACAAAAUAGAAGAACUCCGUCAGCACCAAGAAGCAGAUCUCAAAGCACAGCUCUUGCGAACUCAGAAGCUGCAGCAGGAACUUCAGGCUGCCAACCAGAGCCUCGCCGAGCUGAGAGAACAAUGUCAGACUGAGCGCCAGGACCAUGCCAGUGCCCUGCGGACCCUACAGGACCAGGCAGCCUGCCAGAGUGCAGACUCUCAAGAGCAGGUACAGGCACUUUUGGCAGAGAAUGAUGCCCUGCGGACCAACCUGGCUGCCCUGGAGCAGAUCCAGACAGCCAAGACCCAGGAGCUGUGUGUCUUGCGGGAGCAGACUGCUGGCCUGGUCACUGAGCUGCAGCAGCGCCAGGCAGAGUUUGAGGCCCUGGCAGGCCAGAGAGAUGACCUUAGCUCCCAGCUCCAAGAAUCACAGCGGGCAAACGAACGGAUUCUGGAACAGCUUCAAGUUCUAGGGCAGGAGAAAGAGCACACCAGUCGGGAACUGGAGGAGGCCCGGAAGAGUGCUGAAAAGAGGAAGGCCCUCCUGGAUGAGGUGGCAGCUGAGGCGCUACAGGAGAAGUCAAGGCACAAGGAAGAGCUGGGUUCAGCCAGGCUGCAGGCGGAAAAAGAUGUGCUGGCAGUGAGGGCCCGCUAUGAGCGGGAGCUCCGGCAGCUUCACGAUGGCCGGCGGCGGCAAGAGGAGGAGCUCCGGGCCCAGAUCCGCGAAGAGAAGGCUCGGACUCGGGAGCUGGAGAGUUUACAGCAGAUGGUGGAGGAGUUGCGGGCCCAGUUGCAGUCUAUGGAGGGAGCCAAGGGCUGGUUUGAGCGGCGGCUGAAGGAGGCAGAGGAGGCCCUGGAGGAACAGCAUCAAGGGCAUGAGGAGAACCUUCGAGCCGAGGAAGAGCGCCACAAGGCUGAGCUACAGCGCAUGGAGGAGGAGGUGCAGGCAGUAGAGGGCCAGCUGCGGGAGGCUGAGGCCCUCCGUGCUGGGCACCUGGACACCAUCGCUCAACUACAGCAGGAGGUGAAGGAUGUUGCUGAUGGGCAGCGCAUUCUGGAGAAGAAGGGGAGUGCCUCGCUUAAGGACCUGAAACGGCAGCUGCAGCUAGAGCGUAAGCGUGCCGACAAGCUGCAGGAGCGACUGCAGGAGCUGCUGACCAAUAGCAAGAACCGUUCUGGCUUUGAGGAGCUGGUCCUGUCAGAGAUGAGUUCACCUAGCCGGGCACAAACUGGUGACAGCAGCAGCAUCUCCUCCUUCAGCUACCGGGAGAUCCUUCGGGAGAAGGAGGGCUCAGCUGCCCCUGCUCGGUCCUCCUCAGGGAGCCCCCCAGGCCCAGCGAGGCCUGCAGAGCUGUCAGAUGAAGAGGUGGCUGAGCUCUUCGAGCGGCUGGCAGAGACCCAGCAAGAGAAGUGGAUGCUAGAGGAGAAGGUAAAACAUCUGGAGGUGAGCAGCGCCUCCAUGGCGGAGGACCUGUGCCGGAAGAGUGCCAUCAUUGAAACUUAUGUCAUGGACAGCCGCAUUGAUGUGUCGGGUCCUUCGGGCCACACCGACAGAAGCGGCCUGGGCAGCGUCCUGCGGGAUCUGGUGAAGCCUGGGGAUGAGAACCUCCGCGAGAUGAACAAGAAGCUUCAGAACAUGCUGGAAGAGCAGCUCACCAAGAACCUGCACCUGCAUAAGGACAUGGAAGUUCUCUCCCAGGAAAUCGUCAGGCUCAGCAAAGAGUGUGUGGGGGGGGCGGAAGCUGCCCCCUCGGUGUCUGGAGAGGCUAGCUGAGGACGUGGUGCAGCCCAGCCGGCUGGGCCAGCCUGGGCAGGGGUGUGGGCAGGCGGCCAGGUGUGCGCCCCCAGCCCGCAUCUGUCCCUGUGCAUGACUUCACCACCCAUCUCUAUUUAUGUCUCCAGGCCCGCUGGGGCCAUGGCACUGGGGGGGCGGGGCGGGGCGGGGGCGGGGGCGGGGGGGGGGCAGCCCGGAUGUGCGGUGCCUGUGUGCUCUGUCAGGGUCUGCCAGAGUGCAGCCCUUCUGGAACCCUGAAACAAUGAUGUCCUACCUUCCUCUGUG